GCCCGGCUCGCCAGCUCUGUUCAUUAGUCAGCCAUUUUGGUCGCCACCCUGCUSCCUGCGCACAGCCAAUCCCGGCGGCACUCGCUGCCCGGGCUGCGCGGGCACGGGGGACCGAGCGGCCGCAUUUCGGCACACCGGGACGCUGCUGCUCCGCUCGUCCUUSGCUUGCUGCUGGCCUCAUCGCCGGACCAAGACCUUCUUUUUGCUUCUGCCGCCUUUUUUUAUUUUUUCUUUUUCUAUUUUUSCCUGAUUUUCCCUGCCGCCUUUGGUGCAGAAGGCAGGUUUUCUUGGAUGCUGAGGAUCGAUAGGCUCUAGCAUAGCUGGAGACGACGGCAGUCGGUGGAAAGGAGGGAGGCAGAGCUGAGCGGGAAGGAGCAGCGUUUUUACCUUGCUUGAUCUAUGAAAAGGCCAGAGCAGCCUCUGUGAUCCUGAGCAAUCUGUCCUUUAAUCGCAAGGUAUUUCUGAUUUUCUUCUUCAGAAAGCUUUUGUUUUUAGUCCUUAUUUUGCCCCCGUUGUUGUUGUACCAGCUGAGUCAUCAUGUCUGCUCUGACGCCUCAAAGCGACAUGCCAACCCCCACCACAGACAAGAUCACUCAGGCUGCCAUGGAGACCAUCUAUCUUUGCAAAUUCCGCGUGUCGAUGGAUGGAGAGUGGCUGUGCUUGCGCGAGCUGGAUGACAUCUCGCUGACACCCGACCCCGAGCCUACCCACGAAGACCCCAAUUACCUCAUGGCUAAUGAACGCAUGAACCUGAUGAACAUGGCCAAGCUGAGCAUCAAGGGGCUGAUCGAGUCUGCGCUGAACCUGGGCCGSACACUGGACUCUGACUAUGCCCCCCUGCAGCAGUUCUUCGUGGUGAUGGAGCACUGCCUCAAGCAUGGCCUCAAAGCCAAAAAGACUUUUCUUGGGCAAAAUAAGUCAUUUUGGGGACCUCUAGAAUUAGUAGAAAAACUCGUUCCUGAGGCUGGAGAGAUUACAGCAAGUGUUAAGGAUCUCCCAGGGCUGAAGACACCUGUGGGCAGAGGAAGAGCUUGGCUUCGCCUGGCUCUGAUGCAGAAGAAACUUUCAGAGUACAUGAAAGCAUUGAUUAACAGAAAGGAUCUUCUCAGUGAGUUUUACGAGCCCAACGCACUGAUGAUGGAAGAGGAAGGUGCCAUCAUUGCUGGCCUCCUCGUAGGUCUGAACGUCAUCGAUGCCAACUUCUGCAUGAAGGGAGAGGACCUGGAUUCCCAGGUUGGAGUUAUCGAUUUCUCUAUGUAUUUGAAAGAUGGGAACAGCACCAAAGGCAGUGAAGGAGAUGGUCAGAUUACUGCUAUUUUGGACCAGAAGAACUAUGUAGAAGAACUCAAUAGACAUCUAAGUGCAACAGUAAACAACCUGCAGGCCAAGGUGGAUGCCUUGGAGAAAUCCAACACAAAAUUGACUGAGGAACUUGCAGUUGCCAACAACAGGAUCAUUACACUGCAGGAAGAGAUGGAGCGGGUUAAGGAAGAAAGYUCCUACAUCCUGGAGUCCAGUCGCAAGGCCACCAAGGACAGAAGUGCUGACGGGCAGGCACUGACUGAGGCACGGAAGCAGCUGAAGGAGGAGACUCAGCUGAGGCUGGAUGUGGAGAAGGAGCUGGAGGCACAGAUUGGGAUGCGGCAGGAGAUGGAGCUGGCCAUGAAGAUGCUGGAGAAGGAUGUCUGUGAAAAGCAGGAUGCACUGGUGGCACUCAGACAACAGCUGGAUGAUCUCAGRGCUCUAAAGCAUGAACUGUCUUUCAAGCUGCAGAGUUCAGACAUGGGWGUGAAACAGAAGAGUGAAUUAAACAGCCGCUUGGAAGAAAAAACAAAUCAGAUGGCUGCCACCAUCAAACAGCUGGAACAAAGAUUGCGACAGGCAGAGAAGGACCGGCAGCUGGCCCAGCAGGACAACCGGCUCUUCAAGCAGGAGUUUGGGGACAAAAUCAACAGCCUGCAGCUGGAAGUGGAAGAGCUCUCCAGGCAGCGGAGCCACCUGGAACUGGAACUAAGGCGGGAAAGAGACAGAUGGUCUCACAGUCACCAGCACAGCCAAGAAAGCAAAAAAGGCCCAAAGAAUUGGCUCAGACAGGAUGGGAAGCUCAAAAUCCACGAAGAAAAUGCUAAACUGAAGCAGCCASUGAGAGAGAACAGUGUCCUGCCACACAGGUCACCCAGCRGCGUGCAGGAAGAGCAGGAGCAGCUGGCAGGCCCUGGACAUGCUGAGAUCUGCCAGCUCUGCCAGGAGGAGAACAGCCGGAGCCAAAGAAAGAACAUCUGCAAGAACUGUGGGGGCACCUUCUGUGAAGCGUGCUCGGUGCACGAGCUGCCCCUCCCGUCCAGCAUCAACCCCGAGCGUGUCUGCAACCCGUGCCACCAGCGGCUCAUCCAGCAGUAUUCCAGCAGCCCCGUGUAGAGAACAGCUGGCAGAGGUGACAAACAACGGUUGGAGCUGCGUUUAUGGAGUUGUUCAGGGGGAAUGUGAAGACACUUGCCCAUGUGCUUUAGAGGUCAGAUGGGAAGCAAGCUUCUUGGUGUUUAGAGUCUCCUGUUACUAAAACAGCAGUCUGAGCCCUUCCCUGUACCAAAAUCCACCUGUGCUGUGGAGAUUGCAUUGGGAAUGUCACGGAGCAGCCCAGGGUGUGCCUGAGCAGUGUCAGGACUCUGGGAGCCCCUGCCCAAGCCAGAGCUGUUGUGUGCGUAAGUUGGGAAUGUUCUCACCCUCAUCCAUGUGGCAUGGGUGUGUGCUGCUGCUGCUGCUGCUGAGCAAAGGCUCCCCAAAACCCAGCAGGGGCAUUGGUAUUCCUCAGUCUGGCUGCACUUGAAAUCCCAUUUCCCCUUUUCCGGCUGCCCUGGACAGGCUGGCUCAUCCUGGGAACCCUGGUGGAUGGUGUGAGCAGGGCAGGCAGGACACCAGUGAACACAUCCUACCUGUGUUUUCUUGGCUCCCAGCUCUGGCCAGGGGCUCCAUCUGCACAGGGGUACCCCAAACAAGCUGUGAAUGUUCUGAUCCCCCUCUGUGCUUUAGGGGCUGGGCCCAGUCCCCAUCCCAGACACAGGUUUAGGGCCACUCAGACCCACCUCUCCACCUUGCACACAUGGAAAUGUUGUUACAAUAAACCUGGCAUUUCACUUUUUGUUGGAUCAAAACUAAAUGGGAACACUUUUCACCUACUAGAAAUUUUAAUUGCACAUACGGUUCAGAGAGGUUUCAUGGUUUGURCCACAUCAUUCUUUGUUACUGUUCACUCAAGGAAUUUUGUUAGUCCAAAAAGUGGUGGCUUUCUCGUGUCACGGUAGUGUUUGCUUCUUUUCCUACUGGCCCUUCCUGCAGUCCUUGAGACCACAGAAUGCCCUGUAGUUCAUAGAAAGYGGAUGCACUGGUGUGAAAUGCACUGGGGUUUGUACAUAUGUUGUUGGGGGCAGUGGUUAAUUCCUUGGAGGGGAUUUUCUAGUCAUUGGAUUGGCUGGAAGCGCAUGAAAAAGCCUCUUGGAGCUGAGGUACUGACAUGGUUGGUGCUGGUUUGUACCAYGAGUCAUCUCUCCUAGAUCCUUCUAGGAUCUGAACUUGCAUGUUCAGCCACCCAAUCCCUACUCUGCUCUUUGCUCCCAGAGUACCUUCCUGCCCCAUCUCCUUGCUGCUAUGCUGUAAAGUAUGGCAGGAGUUGUAAACAUUGAAAUACUGAAAGCCUGGACUUUAGGUGAAUUCCUGAGUUUUCUGAAGGGGUGGGACACUGGAGAUGGAUGCACAAAACACUCAAAUUUAGUGUCAGUAGUUCUGAAUACGUACUGUACAUAUCCAACAGUGAAUUCCUGCACCCAACUCCAGUGUGACUCAUCCCUCCAGAUGAAAGUAAGAGCCAGGCAAAGCAGAGGGAGGAUUAAACUGGACAUGGAGGAUUAAACUCCUUGGAGCAGGGAGGUGGCUGAGCCCCCUUCAGAGCAGAGCCUUGGUGGCUGCCAUUGGACUGGCAUUUUGGAAGCAGGACGGUGCUGGCUGCCACUUUGUGUCAUGCCAGUGUGGGCUGACACCUGGACCUUGCGAAUAGGGGAGCAGGUUUUCUGAUGUUUUGUUCCACAUAAGGUUUUCUGAUGUUAAUUUUCUUCCACACAAUUAAAAAACUUGAUCAUCUAUAUCCUGCCUCCUGAGUGGUCUUUCCAUUCCAUUCCCCUUGGGCUA